AUGACCAUUUUCGAAGCGGCACAACGAGGAUCGUUUCAAGCUUUGCAAUACUUACUCGACAGUAAGAAAGCGACACCAAACGACAUUGACUCGCAAGGCGUCACUCCGCUUCAUUACGCAUCGCUUAAUAACCAUGAUAUCUGUGCAAAGUACUUGAUUGAUCGCGGUGCCCUUGUUGAUAAACCAGGCGGUGAUUUACAAGCAACACCACUUCACUGGGCCACCAGGUACAUAUGUAUAGAAAAUAGUAUUAAUACGGUUGUGUGUCGUGUGGUGCAGACGUGUAUGUUACUAGACUGUAACUCGUGACUUGCAUGUAUAGGAACGGCAAACUGGCGACAGUUCAUCGAUUGAUCAAAGAAGGUGCUAAUCCUUCCAUCAAAGACGGUCAAGGUUUCAAUGCACUCCAUCUCGCUGUUCACUCGUCGCAUGCUGUUCUUGUCAUGUAUCUGCUCUAUCUUGGCAUGGAUGUGGAUGCAGCGGAUAAUGUUGGUGGGCAUACUCCUUUGAUGUGGGCUGCUUACCAAGGCGAAGCAUUAACAACGGAUCUACUCUUGCGGUUUGGUGCCAGCGUGUCGGUUGUGGAUAACUCCAAGCUGACGCCGCUGCAUUGGGCAGUUGUACGAGGCAACAAGAUGUGUGUUCGAAAGAUGCUCGAGUACGGUGCAGAUGUGAACGCAAAGGAUCAGUCGGGCAAGUCGGUGAUGGACUUUGUGCAUGAAAAAAAGCUUGAGCGGAUAUGGAAUCGGGCGGUGUUGGAGUUUGAUGUAAUGGCAGAAGGUAAUCCUACCAUGGAGUCAAGGGUUGGAAGAUAUCCGGGUUCAAUAGGGCGGCCCAUGUCAAAGCGUACCAUCAAUACCAUCGUCUAUUUUGCACCAUUUAUUACCCUUGGCACUGCACUAAAAACACUCAGCAUGGUACCUUGGUAUGCGGGAUUGCCUCUGGCGCUGUUACAGUUUGUCGGUAUGCACGUCAGUAUCAUCAAGUACCUGAUUCCCGCACCAAGCCAUGACGCGUUAUGGAAAACACCAUACUUUUCAUGCAUAUUCCAAGCCUCUGCAUUUUGGGUUUUAGUCACCUGGCUCAUGCCUGUCAUUUCUGCAACAUCACAUAUGCUUUUGGCGAACCUGAUCUUCAUAACGAGCUUUGUGAUAGCCAUGACAGCUUUCUACCGAGCUGUCGUUGCCAACCCUGGAUUUGUCAACAAUAAACUGCCCCGAGAAGUACAGCAAUCAAAUGUCUUUGAAUUAGCAGAAGAACAGAAACUGGAUAUACGCCACUUUUGUAUGACAUGUUUGGCAAAGAAACCUUUGCGAUCCAAGCAUUGUAAAGUGUGUAACCGAUGUGUCGCGCGAUUUGACCAUCAUUGCCCGUGGAUCUUCAAUUGCAUUGGUGUUCAAAACCACCGACCCUUUAUGAUCUUCGUAUUGAACAUGGUGAUUGCCAUUAUCUCGUUCUUAUCACUUGUACUCGAAUAUUAUGCAACACAAGCGCCAGUGUUGCUAGGUGGGAAGAACCCGACCUGUUUCCUUGGUGAAACAGUCUGCAGCUAUUUCUUAUACGACACGUGGACAAUAGCACUAGCCAUGUGGGCAUCCUUGCAGCUGUCUUGGUCAAUUUGCUUGCUGUGUGUGCAGACGUACCAGAUUGCUGUUGCAACGACUACCAACGAAAGUGCUAAUGCGCACCGAUAUACGUACAUGAACCAAAAUGACCCGAGUAUGAUGGCACAAAUGGCUGUGGGUGGCGGCGUGGCUGGUAGCGAUGGACCUGGUACUGGCGGUCCAUCCGAGGGCGGACACCACCCUCAUGGACACGGACACGCUCAUGCACACGGUGCGCAAGGCCAUUCGCAUAGCGGAUUCUGCCCAUGCUUGCAAUUAUUUGCGGGUGCUAGAGCGUUGCAUAAGCAAAGGUCCAAUCGGCGACCCGGAAUGAGCCGGGGCAACGUGUUUGAUCAAGGCUGUUGGACAAACUGCGUCGAAUUUUGGACCGAUGCACAGGAUAGCAAAUUCAAUUGGUAUGAGUUGUAUGAUACGCAACAGAUCAACAAUCCCCGCAAGAUGCAACAACCACAACAACCGAUGGAAGUGUAGGAUUUCAUAUACCCAACGCAUCAACA